AAUAAAAAUAAAGAAGAAGAACUAACCUCACAAAGAAAAGGCUUCUGCGGGAAAACGACCGAACGAAAGAAAAAUGGCAGAAAAGUUGGAAGACUUAAAUCUGCCGAACGCGACGGUAGCGAAAAUAAUAAAGGAAACGCUGCCAGAAGCGAUCAACGUGGGAAAGGAUGCCCGGGCGGCAAUUUCUAGAGCGGCUUCGGUUUUCGUUCUUUACUUAACAUCGCAAGCCUCCAACGAGGCGCAAAGGGCAAAACGGAAAACUUUACUUGGGCAGGACGUGAUUAAGGCGCUAGAAGAGUUGGAAUUUGACGACUUUGUCGACCCGCUGCAGGAGAUACUGAAAGGGUUCAAAGAGGCGAAAGCGAAAAACAAGGCGACAAAAGGAAACAAGACCGCAGAGGACGAGAUUACCAUGGGAGAAGAGGCCGAAGAACAGGACGCUAACAUGGAAGAGCAAACGGUAGACGAGUAAUUCAGAC